UUAAACAAGGCUCCAACCUUUACCAAGAACUCCAGAAAGGAGAAACAGAGACUUUCCGGAAGUUGUGGGCAAUGGUGAAAACAGCGCCACCUGUGAAGAACAAUGACGAGGCUCUCCACUUGGUUCUGACUGGUGAUUAUGCACUGCUGACUGACCAAUCACAGAUCGAGUUUCUGCGUAUGACAGACUGCGAGAAUCUCAUGUCUGGCGAGACUCCAUUCAAUGUAGGGGGUCUGGGUUUCAUUGUGCCAGAAUCAUCCCCAUUGCUUGAGAUCUUGUCCUUUAAUCUGAUCCAGCUCCAGGAGGCGGGUCUGAUCGGAAAGUGGCGACGCAGGUGGUGGUCACCUAGUUCCAUGUGCCCGACGUCCAGCCAGACCAGUACGGUCCAGAGUCUGGAACUGGAGUACAAGUGGCCCAUUCUUGGUGUUCGCCGGCUCCACCACCUGCGCCCUCCUCUGUCUAGGGAUGGAGUGUGUGUACUUCAGAGUAAUGGGCAGGGGCAAGGUGUGUUUGCAAGUCGCGUGGGCCAGCAAGACCACGGGAAACAGAAGACGGCAGUUCCAGAGAAGACACCACUAACGAGAGGUUCUAGGAGACAGACCAGUACUAGAUUACCUCACACUGUGAUGCCAUGUCGGGAUGCUGGAUGA